GAGGUUGAAUAGCCAAUGUGAAGUGUCAGUGAAGUGUCAAUCAAGUCUUUUGGCGCUAAUCUGUUUAGUUUUAACCCGCCCCCCUUGGGAAACAUGUUGGUUGUGCGCUGCGUGUGUAGAGAAUGGGGAAUAGGAACAAUUUGGAAUUGGUGGCUGCGUUUUUCCAAUGUGCUGACGUUCAUUCUUACAGUUUCGAUGUUGACAUCUGAUUGCUGUACAGGCCACACACUUGAGGUGCAUAAAACCUCUUUAACCGCGUCUGUAGGGGAUUCAGUAAGAUUCUCUUCUUCCUACUCCGUCUCCAGUCCAUUCUACAAUUGGCCUUCUAUAGAGUGGUCUUUUGGUUACCAGACGAUUUUAUAUUACUCUAUAGAUAAUGGUUCCUUAAACUCGAACGGUCGGGUCAUAUGGAGCACAGGAAGCACAGCGAUCUCCCCUUUAUACGAGGGACGCCUAGAAUUUCAUCCUGUGAAUGCCUCCUUGACUUUAAAAGAUCUCAAGCAUUGUGAUGAAGGCACUUACCAAAUUACCUUCUUAAGUUUUGAGAAUAUUAUAAAGAAGAAAAUCAGUUUGAAAGUGCAUGCAACUCCUGGUUCAUAUUGUGGUACAGAAUCAGAAACUGAGAUGUUAUUGGCAGCAUCUGAUACACUCAAAGCAGACAGGUUACAGAAUCCAGAGAAAGAGGCUGCCCAGUGCUCAACCAUAACAUUCUGGGUCUUGAUAAGUGUUCUUGUUGUUAGCACUUUCCUCUGUUUUUGUAUCUUAUGUAAAUGCAUCCUACCCUCUGGAAAAAAGGCAUUUGCACCUAAAACCCUUUUAAAACAAGGCUUAUGGCAAGUACAGAGAAGCCAUACGUAGCACUUAUUGUUUUCUCAUAGACUCAGUGUGUGCCCUUAAAGGAACAACAACACCAAUAAAUAAAAAAAUUGUUCAAAAGAAAGACAAUAUAAUGUACUGUUGCCCUGCAC